UCUGCUCAUAUGCUAUCAUUAUCUAUGUGCAUUUGUAACUGUCAAAAUUACAAUAUGCAGUAUUAGUCAAAGUUAUAUCUGAAGUUACAUGAUAUAAGUACUGUUUCUUAUGCCGUGAUCUUAUAAUGUGAUAACAUUGAAAAUUUAUUUUCAUUCUUCAAGAUCAUGAGUACAAUCAUGUAGAGUUUAGUAUAAAGAAGAUGAUGCCUCAUUUUGUAGCUCUGACACCCAUAAGAAGACGAUGUCUGAUCAUUCUUUCAAUAGUAUUAGUACCAUGCGCUAUUUUAAAUCUUUUGUCACCAUCAGAGUUACGUGAAGAAACAGUUUUACAAAACAAUAUUGCAGAAUUACAGGCAAAAUUGGAACAUCUACAUGCUAAAUAUGUAACAAGCCAGGAAGAAAUAAACCUAUUGUCUCAUCAGUUGUUACAGUUAAUAGAAAAUAAUCACAUUUUACCAGAUCUUCAGUUCCUUCUAAAUAAUGUUACAUCAAAUGUAACCAGCAUAAAGUUGCCAUCUAUUUACAACUUUCUUCCUCAUUUUUUGAAUGAUCCUAGUAGCCUGCGACCAGCAUUUGUUCAAAGUAAAGGACGUACUGGAGUCAGUAUGGUACUAGGUGUACCAACAGUUAAAAGAGAAGUACAGAGCUAUUUAAUGGCCACACUUAAAAAUUUAUUGGAUCGCAUGAAUCCUGUGGAAACAGCAGAUACUUUAAUCAUUGUUUUAAUUGCAGAAACAGACCUGGAAUAUGUGACAUAUGUUGCAAAACAGAUUGAAGUACAAUUUCCAACUGAAGUUGAGGCUGGUGUAAUCGAUGUCAUAUCUCCAUCUGCAUCUUACUAUCCAGAUUUGUCUAAAUUACGGGAUACUUUAGGUGAUGAUCAUCAAAGAGUAGUUUGGAGAUCGAAACAAAACUUAGAUUUUGCAUUUCUUAUGUCAUAUGCUCAGACAAAAGGGACAUUUUAUGUACAAUUAGAGGAUGAUAUUUUAGCUAAAAAAAAUUUUAUAACAACAAUGAAAUCUUUUGCAUUGCAAAAGAUUGUGACAAAAGAAAAUUGGUUUGUUUUGGAUUUCUGUCAAUUAGGAUUUAUUGGAAAAUUAUUUAAAUGUGCAGAACUGCCAUGGCUGAUCCAAUUUUUUUUAAUGUUUCACAAUGAUAAACCAGUUGACUGGUUACUAGAUCAUUUAGUGUCGACGAAAGUUUGUAGUCUCGACAAAGAUAGCAAACAUUGUAAAAUGGCUAAAGCAGAGUUAUGGGUUCAUUAUAAGCCUUCUCUUUUCCAACAUAUAGGAACACAUUCUUCAUUGAAGGGAAAAGUACAGAAAUUAAAGGACAAACAGUUUGGAAAAAUAACAUUAUAUUAUGCUCAUGAAAAUCCAGAAGCAACUGUAGAAACACAAAUUAAACCUUAUAAACAAUAUACAUUACAAAAAGCAUAUAAAGGCGAAUCAUUUUUCUGGGGUUUAUUGCCACAACCAGGAGAUCAUUUGAAAUUUAAAUUUUCGCAUCCAAUUUUUAUAAAAAGGUACUUAUUUAGAAGUGGAAAUCCCGAACAUCCAUCGGAUAGAUUUUAUAACACAACAGUAGAAGUUUUUACAGAUUUAUCUGCAUCGUUAAAUCGAAAUGGCAAUGACAUUACCGAAGAUGGUUAUGUCGUUAUAGGAAAAUUUGAUGCACUUGGGAUUGCUCAAGGAACAGUAGAUCGAAAAUUAGGGAGAAUAUUAAUACUCCGUUUGACUGUACACAGUGAAAGUGAAAAUUGGGCAAUCUUGUCUGAGAUUCAUAUAGUUGAAGAUCACCCUAGUUGACCCUCGGAAAAGAUAUUUCGAAAGUUUUUUCGACACCAUUUACAGGGAUAAUACAUUAAACAAUAAAUUAUUAAAUUAUUUUUCAAUUUUAUUUGUUAUAUAGUUACGGUUUGAUACAUCAUAAAUUAAAUAUUAUUUGUUUAAUACCGUCCAGCGUGAGAAACUUAAUGUUUUUCGAACUUCAAUUUCUCGAAAAAAAAUCAAUAUUAUCAUAUAUAUUAAGACAUGAUAAUAGAUUCGUAUUUUUAUUACAGAAACUUUAUUCUUCUUUCAAGAGAAUCUCAGAACAAUUUUUGAAAUUUUAGAUCUGUUUUAUCGGUCAUCUAAUCAAAACAGUACCUGCAUAGUGAAUACGUUAUUUCAUUUAAUAAGAAUCAAAAUACGGUUUAUAAUUUUAUGAAUCUGUUGUAAACUAGCAAAAAGUUUUUCUGUGGCUUCUUAUUCUCUCAAGCACAAGAUUAUUGAUAAGAAUGCCGUAUACUUAACAUUGCGAUAAAAAUAAGUGCCAGAAUAUUUUAAAAGAUACAAGGCCAAUAAAUAAAACAAAUGGGUGAUUUAUCUUUUCAUAAGAAAAAAACAAAAAAAAAGAAA